CGCAAUCCCACACCCCCCUGGGAGGGGUAUAUAAGGAGCCCGGGGGCUGGGGGUGACAGGCGCAGCCCUCAGGUUUCAGUCCGGCCAGCGCCUCCUGCCAGCUUCUCUCGUGCUGCUGAGAGCUCAGCACUGCUGCUUGGUCAUGGCCACCACGUUUUUGCAGACUUCUUCCUCCACUUUUGGGGGUGGCUCUACUCGGGGGGGUUCCCUUCUGGCUGGGGGAGGAGGCUUUGGUGGGGGGAGUCUCUAUGGGGGUGGUGGGAGCCGCACUAUCUCAGCUUCUUCUGCCAGGUUUGUCUCCUCGGGGUCAGCGGGGAGCUAUGGGGGUGGCUUUGGUGGAGGGGCCGGUAGUGGUUAUGGGGGUGGCUUCGGAGGGGGCUUUGGUGGGGGUUUUGGCAGUGGCUUCGGUGACUUCAGCAGUGGAGAUGGCGGUCUCCUCUCCGGCAAUGAGAAGAUCACCAUGCAGAAUCUCAACGACCGCCUGGCCUCCUACCUGGAGAAGGUGCGUGCCCUGGAGGAGGCCAAUGCCGACCUGGAGGUGAAGAUCCGAGACUGGUACCAGAGGCAGAGCCCGACCAGCCCGGAGCGUGACUACAGCCCCUACUUCAAGACCAUCGAUGAACUCCGGGACAAGAUCCUGGCGGCUGCCAUCAAAAAUUCCCAGGUCAUUCUGGAGAUUGACAAUGCCAGGCUGGCUGCAGACGACUUCAGACUCAAGCAUGAGAACGAGAUGGCCCUGCGCCAAAGCGUGGAGGCUGACAUCAACGGCCUGCGCAGGGUGCUGGAUGAGCUGACCCUGACCAAGACUGACCUGGAGAUGCAGAUCGAGAGCCUGAAUGAGGAGCUGGCCUACCUGAAGAAGAACCACGAGGAGGAGAUGAAGGAGUUCAGCAACCAGCUGGCUGGCCAGGUCAACGUGGAGAUGGAUGCAGCACCAGGCGUGGACCUGACCCGCGUGCUGUCAGAAAUGAGGGAGCAGUACGAGGCCAUGGCGGAGAAGAACCGCCGGGAUGCCGAGGCCUGGUUCUUUAGCAAGACAGAGGAGCUGAAUAAGGAGGUGGCCUCCAACACAGAGAUGAUCCAGACCAGCAAGACGGAGAUCACAGACCUGAGACGCACGAUACAGGGGCUGGAGAUUGAGCUGCAGUCCCAGCUCAGCAUGAAAGCCGGGCUGGAGAGCACGCUGGCGGAGACAGAGUGCCGCUAUGCUGCGCAGCUGCAGCAGAUCCAGGGUCUCAUCAGCAGCAUCGAGGCCCAGCUGAGCGAGCUCCGCAGUGAGAUGGAGUGCCAGAACCAGGAGUACAAGAUGCUGCUGGACAUCAAGACGCGGCUGGAACAGGAGAUUGCCACCUACCGCAGCCUGCUGGAGGGCCAGGACUCCAGGAUGGCUGGCAUUGGUACCAGAGAAGCCUCCCUGGGAGGUGGCGGUGGCGGCAAGGUCCGCAUCAACGUUGAGGAGUCUGUGGACGGGAAGGUGGUUUCUUCCAGAAAGAGAGAAAUCUAACAGCCCAGUGCAGGGGAGAUGCCCCUGCCACCCCUGCCCUCCCCAGGCUGAGCAGAAAGCUGGCCAGAGGGACCGGAAAAGCAAAUUCCAGGCUCUGCUUUCAGAAGGUCUGGUCCAAGGGGUCCUUCGUUUCUUAGUUGGGUGCUUCCCGUGCUCUCCCCUGCCCCCUCCAGCUUUCCUGCCUCCGAUAGAGGAGGGAGGUGCAAGAAACAGGUGUACUGUGUAACAAGUUCAUGGUCUGUACCAUGUCCAUGCAAUAAAGACUUGCUUUUCCUUUUGCAAAUA